UCACUAUCAUCGGAAGUGAUUUUGGUUAAGGACAAUUUGUUCACCACGGAGGAGAUUCGAGAUAUGAAGACUUUGCUGUCGCAUGAGGAAACAUUCUGGGUAUUCAAACCGAUUAGUCAAUUAAAAGAGAGUUCAAAUGAUAUUCCCAAUGAUAUCCAGGGCAGUUUAUCACGAGCCAGACAAGCUAACACCUGCUUCUCUUGGACUACUAACCUACCUCUUGACAGUUUUAAAAAUUCUUCACCUUGGAGGAAACUUACAGAAACACUUUCGUCAAACUUUGAAGCAAACGGUGAUUACAAGAUACUGGGAUUUGAAGGAAAAAUUAACGUUAGAGGAACCCAUCUGUGUGGUGAGAAGUGGAUUGUCAAUGAACAAGAUUUUGAGAGCUUUGUGGCUAUUAUUUUUCUUGUAGAUUGGAAACGCAAUAGUUAUGGUGAAUUGGUUAUUUACAAUAAUAAAGGGGAAAUACUGAAAGCUGUGUAUCCCAAAGAGGGUAGACUUGUAGUCUUUCCUUCCGCUCUUGAACAUGUUCUCAAGCCACCGGCAAAUGACCUCUCUGCAGGACGCUUGUACGUAAUGAAAUUCCACAUAUCAGUGUCUGGUAAAACACAGAAAAUUGGCACCACAGCAGGGGAAAAGGCCGUUGGUUUUAGUCAAUACAUUCCCAGUUUUAAACAUCUGACCAAAGCUGAUGCUUUUAGUGUGGAAAAGGAAGACGUUAAACAGUUUGUUACUAGAAAUUUUACCACCAGUGACGGUCGACACAUUGUUGUCUUGGAUGAUAUUAUUCCUGCAAAAGAGCUUGAUGCUCUGAGGUAUACAAUCAUUAAUGGUGGAUACAAUGACAAUGCCGCAGGUGUGGAUAGUACAGAUAAUGUGCAGUGGAUAAUGGCAUUUGAAGUUGAGGAGUUUGUACAAACCUCUUUAUGGCAACUAGCCAGUCAAAUUAUAAGAGCUGUUUCGGGUAAAGAAGGCUACUACCCUUAUGACAUUGGUUGCAAUAAUAUACAGAAUAUGGACACCACAACCAUUCACACAGACUGCGCAUCUCAUGAGAAUGAGUUUACCCUGCUGAUUUAUCUCAAUCAAAAUUGGACUGAAAACCACCAUGGUGAAACAGUAUUCUUUAAUGAUGAGGAGAGUGAAGUUAUAUGUGCUGUUAGACCAAAAUAUGGGCGUGUUGCUGUUUUUCAUGGGACAAUUCCUCAUAGCGCUCGGCCACCACCAGUGACAUUUGCAGGUACGCUUUCAAAUAAGAAGUGACAACUUCUGCUGCUGAAAUUUACUAGUGGUUAGGGACAGAAUGUUGUGUCAUUAUUGUUAAGCAACAUAGUCUCAACUCUCAAUGUCAAAGGCCUGCAAUACCUUUCUGGUUUGUUGCGUGCACGUUUUAUGAAAACCUUUCUUGAAAUAGCUGUACAUUUUUGUCCUGGAUCAGGGCUAGGCUCUAUUAGUUUUUUUUAUUAUUUUGUUUUCUCUUUUGGUUAGAGGGAAAGUGAUGUAAAAAUAAACCCAUCCCCAAAUCUGAGUUAUCAAUAUUACUGACUUCCUGUUAUUUUUCCCUCUGGUACUUAAGGUAAUUCCCUGUAAAGGGAUGCACUUUCUGGAUUUUUUUCCAACUUGGCACAAAAUUAGAUGGUCAAGUAUAGGACGUUGAAAAACUGUGAUAAAAAGAUAGGAUCCCACUGCUUGUUUUUGCCUUGCUGGCCCAUUUUAUAUUACUGGUGCUUUUUACUGAGUUGCGUGCAAACUGUUUGAACUUGGACAACCCUAAAAAUAAGCCCUUAAAAAUUGUUAUCAUGCAGCAAAACCCAUAAAUAUUUGGGAAACUGAGAACCUUUUAUUAUAUGAAAUUGCCUGAAUUCUUGCAAACAGUGUAAGAAAACUGAACAGCAAGAUCAACUCGUUCUCUCCUAUGGCUCCAAAUGCAGCAUUUCGGUGUCAUUUAUGAUAAACAAUCCAACUUCUACCAUCCAAAUUUUUUUCUCCUUAAAAGAUAUUUUUCAUUUAAAUAUUACGAAUAAAUAACACUAAUAAAGAAGGCAAGUCAGCAUGCUUGUUUCAUUAGAAGAUGACAAGAAAGCCGGGGAAAUUUUAGCUUCAAAUGAUCAUUUUACACAGUGGGCCUGGGAAGAGUUUAAAGGACAUCACCGUUUUAACCCAGAGGAUCGAGUUAACAAACACUAUUAACAACUUUUGGACUACAAAAGCAGCCUUUGUUACCUCACAAAUUAGGCAGCUGGUAAAAAUUGCCUCCACCUUUGAUGUUGCAAUGUCAUGCACAGUAGGUGAUGCACAGUGCAAAACUAGGGAAAUACCUUAUCCAAAUGAUUUUCUAGAAAGUGCAAAAAAGGCACAUAGCAUUAUCACAUUAUGGAUAAAAUUUCUUAAUAUCUUAUUUUCAAGUAAUUCUGACUUCUGUAGAUAUGAAAGGACCAUUUCUCUUUUCAACACUAAGUCAUUUAAAUGCUUAUAUUUUAAUUUCUCAUAAUACUUGUUUUUUUGAUGUCAGGGAUGCUGAGCUGAACUUACUAUAACUAACUUUUUAGUGCUUUGUUGCUGAGACUGAAUUGGUUUUCAAAAUAUUUAUGUAUAGUGCUACUUCAAAGUUGAAAUUUUAUACAUAGACUUCUCACUUUGCUGCUGUUUUCUAUUAUAUUCUUCAGGAGCAAGAUUAAGUUUUGCAGUCAAACUGUCACCAUCUAAGGAAAUUGCAGAAAGAAAGUCCCUUUCUGUGGAAACUGACAUUUUUUAUGAAGCUUUGGAGACACUACAAGGAACUGAAGUGGAAAGAGUAAGGAACAUUCUAAAAGAUUUAAAUGAAGGAAAAUUGGAUGCAGAAACAUUAGAAAGACUUGUACAAGAGUAUGAAGAAAAGCUGCACAUAGUUUAAAUGGCUGAGACAACAACAAAUUGAUUUCUUGAACUGCUAUAUCUUGCUAGCUGCUAGCAUAAUUUACCAUCCUGACUGGUGUGUGUGUGUGUGUGUGUGUGUGUGUGUGUGUUGGGCGGGGGGAAGGGGGGGUUAGGCUUAGGGUGAGAGGGGUUAGGGUUAGGGUAGGGUGCAAAGAAAGUGAUUUUUAAAGCCUGGCAUUCGGGCAAGCUGAAGCUAGCAUAUACUAACCCAAACAUCAUUUCAACUAGCCCCAAAAAUGUUUUGAUGAGCAGAAUUGAUUUCACAGUUCUUCUUUAAUUUGAAUCUCUCAAAAAACUUCACUUGCCCGUCGGGCAAGUAAAGUUCAAAAUUCACUAGCCCAAUAGCAAAAUCCACUAGCCCCAGGCUAUCGGACACUACUUUCUUUGCAUGCUGGUGAGGGCUAAACGUUCCAACUCUUGUACCUUGCAUUCCCAGAUUGCCACACCUUUUUUCUUGGCUUACACCGUUUAGCCCUUUUUCAGUUGCAAAGUUUUACACAUUGUUGCACAACUUCCCCCUAUUUCUCCCGCUUCCUACUCUUAUAGAACUCCCCCCACCCCCCUCCUUUCUUCUUCUGCCUCCCAUCCCCCUCUGGUCUCCUUUUGUCCCAGGCUUCUACCCGAGACCACACUGUCCUUCCCCACUGGUGUAUGCCCACUCAAGACUUGUAGUUUAAAGCACCGUUCUAAAACUGUUGACAAGAUACUUUACAAAUAAUCCCCCUUGGGGCUCUUCAGUCACAUUUACAUGUAUAAAAAUAAAAUAAAAUAUAUUGCAAUAAAUUACUGCUAAGAAAGUAUAUGUUUGGUUAUUAAGUGUUUAAAAGCUCGACUGACUGAGGAGCAGGCUUUUAAAUUGUCUUCUUAGUUCUGCAGGUGUUAACAGCUCUUUAAAUAAAGCUUCACUGACCAGUAGCAGGCAGUUUUAAACAGUGGCAUUUGUAGGAUAUCAUACUGGUGGGUAGCCAGGCUAUGGAUCCAACCUCAUUCCCAGGGUUCUCUCCUACCCAUCCCUAUGGAGCGAGAGAGAACCUUGUAACGAGGUUGCCCAUGGAUCAAUAUAAUGAACUAGUCUGCGUAGCAUCCCAGGUUUUUUCUAGGGCAAAAGGGGGAAAUUUUGAGGACGUGCGUACUCUAUAAACUGAUAAACACUAACAAAAAAACCUUACUGGGGUCUGUCAGGCAGGCUAAUGGUGGAUCGUUUGUUCACAACAUUCCAGUUUGUAGACACAGCAUGCAAUUUGGGAUUAUGCAUUGUUCACGAGUAAGUUAGGAACCUGGAAACUUGUAAAUUUUAAAUUUAUUGAGAAGAAGUAAGUUUGAUUAUUUUUUUGACUGUUUUAAGAUGUUUCUUUUUUAUUUUCAAUAUAUACAACUUCUUUUUUUACAAAGGACUUUACCCUCUCGAAUUCAACGAAAUACCAGUCCUUUGUAUGUCUCCUGAGCAACAGAAUGGGUGUAUUACCAUUUUUUUUUUUUUAAAACAAUAAGAAAUAACUUCUCAGCUCUUUAUAUACUAACACCAAACAUACAAUAUAGUUUUCUUCACUCUUUUGCUGAUUCUUAACUUUUUAGGAUCACUAUCAUCGGAAGUGAUUUCGGUUAAGGACAAUUUGUUCACCACAGAGGUAAAUUUUAAAUUUAUUGAGAAGUGAUUUUUUUAAGAUGUUAAGGACAAUUAUUUUGUUUUUUUUUUUUUUUUUUAAAACAAUAAGAAAUAACUUCUCAGCUCUUUAUAUACCACAAAGGUAAAUUUUUUCUUCAAUUUAUUGAGAAUCAAUCAUAAGUUUGAUUAUUUUUUUGACUGUUUUAAGAUGUUUCUUUUUUAUUUUCAAUAUAUACAACUUCUUUUUUUACAAAGGACUUUACCCUCUCGAAUUCAACGAAAUACCAGUCCUUUGUAUGUCUCCUGAGCAACAGAAUGGGUGUAUUGCCAUUUUUUUUUUUUGUUUAAAACAAUAAGAAAUAAUUUCGUGGCUGUUUAUAUACUAACACCAAACAGACUUGCUCGUGAUUGCUUAGAGAGUGCACUGUUCAAACUUCAAAGGGAGUUCAAUGACGAGUAAAAAUAUCAGCCCAAUGCUAAAUUAAGCUCAAGGAUAAGCUGGAAUUUUGUAGACCAAAAGUGGAACAGUACAGUGUUUCUUCAACUUAUUUGACAAAGUCAAUUUAUGACAACCACACAGUAAAGGGCUUUCUAGUUUCAACCUUUUUAAUCAUAAGCCAAUCGCAUGCAAAAACUUGACAUGGCUACAGUUGCCACUGGCUCAUACAAUAUACUUUUCUUCACUCUUUUUCUGAUUCUUAACUUUUUGGGAUCAUUAUCAUCGGAAGUGAUUUUGGUUAAGGACAAUUUGUUCACCACAGAGGAGAUUCAAGAUAUGAAGACUUUCCUGUCGCAUGAGGAAACAUUCUGGGUAUUCAAACGGAUCAGUCAAGAGAGUUCAUAUGAUAUCCCCAAUGAUAUCCAGGGCAGUUUAUCACGAGCCAGACAAGCUAACACCUGCUUCUCUUGGACUACUAACCUACCUCUUGACAGUUUUAAAAAUUCUUUACCUUGGAGGAAACUUACAGAAACACUUUCGUCAAACUUUGAAGCAAAAGGUGAUUACAGGAUACUGGGAUUUGAAGGAAAAAUUAACAUCAGAGGAACCCAUCUGUGUGGUGAGAAGUGGAUUGUCAAUGAACAAGAUUUUGAGAGCUUUGUGGCUGUUAUUUUUCUUGUAGAUUGGAAACGCAAUAGUUAUGGUGAAUUGGUUAUUUACAGUAAUAAAGGGGAAAUACUGAAAGCUCUGUAUCCCAAACAAGGUAGACUUGUAGUCUUUCCUUCCACUCUCGAACAUGUUCUCAAGCCACCGGCAAAUGACCUCUCUGCAGGACGCUUGUAUGUAAUGAAAUUCCACAUAUCAGUGUCUGGUAAAACACAGAAAAUUGGCACCUCAGCUGGGGAAAUGGCCGUUGGUUUUAGUCAAUACAUUCCCAGUUUUAAACAUCUGACCAAAGCUGAUGCUUUUAAUGCGGAAAAGGAAGACAUUAAACAGUUUGUCACUAGAAAUUUUACCACCAGUGACGGUCGACACAUUGUUGUCUUUGAUGAUAUUAUUCCUGCAAAAGAGCUUGAUGCUCUGAGGUAUACAAUCAUUAAUGGUGGAUACAAUGACAAUGCUGCUGGUGUGGAUAGUACAGAUAAUGUGCAGUGGAUAAUGGCAUUUGAAGUUGAGGAGUUUGUACAAACCUCUUUAUGGCAACUAGCCAGUCAAAUUAUAAGAGCUGUUUCAGGUAAAGAAGGCUACUACCCUUAUGACAUUGGUUGCAAUAAUAUACAGAAUAUGGACACCACAACCAUUCACACAGACUGCGCAUCUCAUGAGAAUGAGUUUACCCUGCUGAUUUAUCUCAAUCAAAAUUGGACUGAAAACCACCAUGGUGAAACAGUAUUCUUUAAUGAUGAGGAGAGUGAAGUUAUAUUUGCUGUUAGACCAAAAUAUGGGCGUGUUGCUGUUUUUCAUGGGACAAUUCCUCAUAGCGCUCGGCCACCACCAGUGACAUUUGCGGGUACGCUUUCAAGUAAGAAGUGA